AUGAGUAAGCAAGGGCAUAAAGCAAGAGCAAAUUUACCAGCUGGUGGAUUUCUAGCAAUCGGUCGUGAUGUUCCGUCAACUUCCGAUCCUAGUCGCACAAAACCUCAGGUUCAUAAGCGGGAAUUACCACAGUUAUCGAGUAGUGUUUUGAAGAAGCCCCGUCUUGAUUUUUCUGGGAAAAUUCUUUCCAGCACUCCAUCAACGAGUUCUGUCAAACGUGCCGAAGUCGAUGAUUCAAGAUGGCGUAGUUUUUGUGCUGAAAUACAAAUAGUACCUAAACAAUUACUGGCAUCGCUGGAAUCGGCAAAAGAAAAACAAAAGCCACAAAAAGCUUCACGGUUAAUAUGCGCAGCAAUACGGGAGAUAAUAGAUCACCGUAAAGAAACUGGAAGUUGGGCUGAGGAACCAAUUAUAUGUUCAGCACUUAUGCUUUUCGUGAAAAUGAAUGCUUCAUUUUUAUCGCAACACGAAGAAUUGAUCGAAGUACUUUGUUCUUUGUUGUCAGCGAAUUUCCCGACUUCUUCUCCUGGUUCAGCGAUGGCUCCUUUGCUGUUAUGCAAAGUUUUAAUGGGAAUGGCUGACUGGAAUUGGCGUUUGGUUGAAAAUUUUAUUGAUGACAGUUUGUAUGAAAGGCAGUGGGCUGAUCGACCAUCAGUAGAUGGCUUGGUUGUGAAUAUCAUGACAGCCUUUGGUACACGGAUCCCACAUGAAUCAAUGUAUGCAGCAUGCGAUUUGACUUAUCCAGAACGGUAUCGGACUGUGGACGCAAUAAAUCGGUUUGAAAAAGUGACCGACAAGGAGCAGAAAAUUGACACGUUUGUAAUGCAAUUGAGAGAUAUAUAUGAACGGAAGGGUGAAAGUGCGCCAAGAAAUUUGUUGAAGACAAUGUGUGUAUGUUCAGGAAAUGGAACCGUUCGGUUACUGGCUGCACGAAAGAUGGAUUCAUGGUUGCUGAAUGGAAAGCUUCAAAGAUACGCCAUGGAAUUACUUUUAUGGAUUGCAAGUAAUAUAGGCCGAAGUGAGCUUACCGAAGAAGAUAGUGAAACGUUAAGCGCUUUGUUAAAAUUACGGGCAUUGAAAAGUAAACAAAUCAAUAUCCUAUUUAAUGUUGCCUUAAAAGAAAUACUGAGCAAUGAUAAAGAGAUGAUUUAUGCAGUGGCAAAAUUAUUAUUAUCAAAUGAAUUCUCGGCGAAUCGUUUCCCUUACAAUAUGACAAUGAUACAUUCAUUAUUUUCGUUUGACAACUGUUCGGCAUCCAAAGUUAUAGCGCGAGAAAUUGCCCAAAUGCUCGCAGCUAAGGAAGAAUAUCUGCGUAUAUCUAGAACAUUCCUCCGGGAAUUUGUUCGAUCUUUGUUGCGAAUGGAUUUCGACUUUGCUCUUUUUACUUCUCACUUGUUGAACAGCGUAAUUGAAGAUUUUUCAGCCUUUGCUACUCCCGCUUUCUUUUUUAAAUCGUUAAUUGACUUCUGUAUAAUGCUGCCGUUUUUGUCAAUAACACCUAUCGUUCGGGAAGCAUCGCAACAUCGGCGCAAUGCUAAUAACAAUUUGACGCAAACUCAUGUUGAUACUCUGCAGAAAUUUUAUGCUGAUUUACGAAAUUUCUUCGAAAUCUGUACAUGCUUUUUCCGCGAACAUUAUGAGUUCUGCACUGAUAAUCGAUUAUUUGUUUACUCAUACUAUCGAGUCCUUUAUUUGGCUCCGGCUGAUUAUUACGCUAGUGUCGAUCAGUGGCCAAUUGAAGGAGAUGUAAUGCAAUAUAUGCGUGUUAUUGCUGAUGUUCCUAUUAGUGAACAGUUAUUACGCACUAUAUUGGAUGCAGGAUCUGAUCCGUUAAUUCCAAUUGAUGCUGCAGAUACGGUGGAUGUUAUUGAGAAUCUCACAAAACGAGCUUCGUUGUCUUCCACAUUAACAGGUGGUAGUAUGGUUCCAAUCAGUACUUGUAGUCUUUUGGAAACUGUAUUCAAAAUAACGGAAUAUAAACCACCACCAACUUUCAACGUUCAAGGCGAAGAUCUUGCACCUUUGGCGGUUAGAACACUGUAUUGGAAAGCGUGGCUCAUUUCGUUGAUGUGGUCAUCAUUGAACACAGAUACAUUGGUUAAGGAGGUAUACUACAAGUAUCCGAAUUUGAAACUUAUCAUGCAAAUCGUCUUGACAUGGGACUAUUCGUUCCCACCGAUGGCGAUUAUGGGUGAUCGAGCAUGUGCUGAAAAACUGAUUGAAGAUGAUGAAAAAGCUGCUUAUGAGGAGAAAAUGACAAUCAAAACUUUGGAAGCUCGAUUGGCGGGAGUGGAAGUGAGUGAUUCGGAUUCAAAACUUUUGAAUAAAUUAUGCAGUCUGGAUAUAAACGGCGUUUGUCGACGACCUCCGGAUAACAUCAUGCGUGAUUUGGAAAAACUAAAUGAAGAUUUAGAUUUAUCACGGCUCUUGAGCGAAUGCAGGGAUCCUGAUUUGCUGGCGGAUAUUGUCAGAUCUCAGGGUAGCUCGAAAGCUCUACCAUCCAUAAUAAAUUUAGUGGAAUCGAACUCAAACGCUAUAGCUCACUUGCCUCUCGAAUGUAUUUGUGAGCUGUUUCUGCACUAUAUAUCUUCCUCUUCAUCAUGUUAUGACAAUGUGGCACCAAACACGGAAAGGUUGAACGCGAUGCGUCAUCGUUUACGUAAUGCCAUCAUGAAUCCAACCGCUACCAGAGCUUCGGUAUUGGAAACACUAGAAUAUCUGGCGGUACAUCUUGCAGCUCAUUCAGUAUCUGAACGUUGUGCUGCCGCCCAUUCACUGGCAUUACUUCUUGAUCGUGAAGCAGAUACACAAGUGUUACCAAUGAGAGCGAAUGCAGCACCGGCCGGAAGUCUUCAUAAAGUCGCAUAUUUCAGAGAAUUAAAGCAUCGAAUUUGUGCACUGUUAUCGCAAGCUUGUUCAGUGGAAACCGAUUUAAAUCGUUUAUCGGACUACUUAACAUUUCUUUUUAAAUAUGCAGAUUCGAAAAAUUUACAUUUGGUUGCACACAACAUUUCAAAUAUGGUUGAACGAGUGAAAGAUGGAACAGAAGCGGAUAUCAUUCGAAUAAAUGCUAUAAAUUUCUAUGAAAGGUAUUUCAAAGAAGUCGAGCAAAAUGAGGUUGAAUGGACAGAAGAAUUAGAAGCGCUUUUGCCAUCAAGCGUGAAAAAAGUGACGGUUUGCAUUGAGAAACCAAAUAUGAAAAUGUCUUCAUUGACAAUGAUUUCGACAGCUGUUAAUGGAAUGCUGCAAUUAUUGUGCAGUCAGUGGAAGAAGAAGGAUAAAUUAGCUACAAGAGUUCUCAUGGAUCUUUGGUUUCCAGCAUCAGGAAGACGGCCAAAGGUUCUCAAUGCGGAUGGUGUCGAACUAUUACCCACUUGGUUGAAACUUAAAAUGCUCCGCACUGAAGAUGAUCGAAUCAUUCGCGUUGGAAUGGAUGGUAUGGAAGCUAAAGAUGCUUUGAAAUUUGUUCAAUCAUUUGCAUUAACGUCGUACAGCUGCACGAAGCUUCUAGCAAUUCUAGAUGCUGAUGAAACACCGCUAGAAGGUGACUUGUUAGAAGAAGCUCAAAAAGCAUCAAUGUUUAUCCGUAGUUAUAAAUUGCGGAAUGCAAAAGGUGGUGAGAAGUUUCUCAAACGUGUGACUGAAGCGAAAGGUCUACAGAAAUGUGUAAAAAUGGAAGUCGAUGAAAAUGAUAUCUGUAUAAAGUUCAAUUCAGCGCCAACUUUAUUCGAUGCAGAUGAUAUUGAUGUGAAGCGAAUAACAUUUAAUCAUAUGAAUGUCAAGGAAGUAAUCAGUUGCAUUGAACGGGCAGUCCAGAAAGGCAGCGAGCCGGAAAAAUGGUCAUCAGUAAUUUUUGAACUAUCAAACAACUUGGAAUGUUCUCGAGCUGUUAUUUCUUUGUUAAAAGCUAAGCCGACUAUAUUAUCCAAUGCAACAAUUGCUAUACCAUUACUGAUCUCGCUUGAUGCUUCAUUAAUCAAUGAUUUUGAUUCCUUGUUCAACAAUGUGUUCAGCAAAUCGAAUCUUUAUAUUCCAGAAUCCGUACGCAGGAUUUUAUACAGUCGUGGUGGAGAAUAUGCGAUCGAAACAGAAAGUCCACGCUCGCCAAAUUAUGACACAUAUGAUCUGGAAAGUAUCCUCAUGCGUCUGGCAAAUUCUGUUGGAAUGGAUGAUAUGCAAAGUCGUUUGAUGGAAAGAUUUCUGGACACAUGUCCGGAGAUAUUACCCCAUAAAGAUGAUGGUGAUCUUGGUAUUAAAUCACAUACUAUACUGGAAAUAUUAUUCUCAUCUAAAACACCAACAUUACAAUAUAUCAUUUCAUUGCUACCGACAGCAUGUUCUUCAACCACUUUGGGUAAAAUAAUUAAGUAUCUGCUCGAAUCAUAUCGGUCUCAAUUUACAGGCAUGUCAGUGAUACGAACUGUUAUCAGUGCUUUUCGUACUUCUAAAACUUAUGUACUUUCGACCGACCAAUGCCGUGUUUUUAUCCAGUAUGCUCUGGCCGAAAUGGACUGUCAUUCAGAUGAUGUUAUAACGUUGUUAAUAAAAUUUCUAGAAAAUAACGCAAAUAUUCGACGCGACUUAACGCAAGGAAUGAUAGCAGAGAUUUCGCGUGUUUUAAUUUCGCCAGAUAACAUUCAACGGAAACAUUUCGCCCAACAGAUAGCCGAUGCUUUUGUGAAACGUUUUCCAGAUGCUCGACUGAAAAACGAUGCAAUAGUGAUCAAAGCAUAUCGUUCUAUUUGCGUCCAAGAUCGGACAGUCCAUAAUGCUAUUGUGGAAUUAUUUUCUGCUGCAGCUACGCCUGCCUGUUCAAUGGAUCACAAGAUCAGUGCAUUGGCGCAAAUUGCGCGUAGUCAACCAUGUGUUGUAUUAAGACAUUUACCGUUGUUGUCUGCCUGUUUAGCGUCAGUUGCGCAACUUCCAGCACGACAAUUACGAACAAACAGUUAUCAGUCCUUAUUACAGUAUAUCCCGAAAUUGUUAUUAGAUUUGGCCCCACAGUCCUUCGAAGAAGCUGAUCGUCUGCAAUCUAUUAUGCAAACAUUUUUCACUCUUUUUGAAAAUGUUGGAUGUGGACGAACAUGGAUACCGCUGGCUCAAGUACUACAGAAUAUGUGUGUUGCUUAUUUGGAGUUGAAUGCAAAAUCAGCAAAAUCAUAUUUCCUAACACAAAUCGAAGCAAUCAAGCAGCUUUGUUUAUGUUUGAAGUCACCUUCCUCGAAAAUAUUGAUUGACGCAAUAAUGUAUUUAAACAGGGUAGAGGAAUAA